GCUACGAAUCGAUUCACCAGAGGGCGUCAUUUUGACAGAUAACCUUAAUUUUCUCCUUGCUGUUUCGGUCGACGUACGAAGACGAAAAGAUUCUAUUUCAACUUAAUCCACACGAAAAAUAAAUAAAAAUUAUGGCUUCACGCUUAGGAAUGACUGUGCGCUCGAUGUCGAGCAGUGCUGCUGCUGUCAAGCCACCAAUUCAAUUGUUCGGUUUGGAAGGUCGUUAUGCCACCGCUUUGUACACGGCCGCCACCAAAAUGGGCCAAUUGGAUUCCGCCGAAAAGGAAUUGAUUUCAGUACAAAAUGCCAUCAAGGGAAAGCCACAAUUGCGUGCUAUCAUCACCAGCCCAAUCAUCAACCGCACUCUUUUGCAAAGCACAUUGAGAGAUGUUGGUGCCAAAGCCAAUUUGUCUACCGCCACAACCAAUUUGUUGGCGUUGCUCGCCGAGAAUGGCCGCAUGGGCAAAAUUGACGGUGUCAUUAACGCAUUCAAACAAUUGAUGUCGGCUCAUCGCGGGGAAGUCAUUUGCGAAGUCACCACUGCUCGUCCAUUGAGCGAUGGUCAACGCAAACAAUUGCAAUCUUCUUUGGCUAAAUUCGUGAAAUCAAACCAAACUAUUCAAUUGAAGGAAAAGGUUGACCCAGCCAUCAUCGGUGGAUUGGUUGCCUCAAUCGGAGAUAAUUACGUCGACAUGAGCGUCGCUUCAAAGAUCAAGAAGUACAAGGAACUCAUCGAAUCUGCUGCUUAAGCUAUCUUCUCCCCAGAAACAAAUAAAACAUUUUAAAUGUAAAUGUGGAAACAAAAAUUACACAGUUAAACAUUUCCGCCAAGAAAAGUAAACCUCUGUUUGGGUAGUCUGAAAUGCGAUUAUUAAUUGUAUUCAUAAACAAAUUACAAAGAAAAAUAAAAUACUACGAAAAAUUC